AUGGUAUUUACUUACAGGCCGGGGAAGGAGUACAAAUCGGUAAUUAGCCGCUUUGCAUUACCAUUUUUCCACAACGAGGUGGAGAAACUCAAGCAACAGAUGUUGGACGAACACAUCAAAGCUAUCAAAAUGACUCCAUUCGGAUAUUUUUUGGACUGCCCGAAGAUGAAGCUUGGUUCAACGAAAGAGUCCCAACCUUGGACAAGCAAGGUGCCUACCAAAGAUAUUCAGAACUUUUAUCGAAUAGACACUGAAAAGAAGUUUGUUCGUGCAAUCUGCGAUGCUUUGGAGGAAGCAGCUCAAAAAAUUGCGGUAUUGAAGGUGGAGCUACGGAAAAAAGAUGUUGCAAUUGCGAAACUUACUCGUAAACUGCAAAGAGCUAGAUUUAGUGUUGUCGAAGAGAACAGUGAAGCUGAGUGCGAGGAUGAGAGUGAUGGCGAAGAUGAGGGUGAUGCAGAGUAUGGGGAGGAGACAACAGACCGGAUGGAUGUGGAGACAAAGAAGAAACAAUUGCAGGAGGAUGAGGAAGAUCAGACAGAUAAGGACUCGAAGGAAGAGAAGCACGGUGAGGAGGAAAAGAAGAAGGCCGACGGGGAGGAGAAACAGGGUGAGGAGGAGGAGCAACAAACUGAGGAGAAUGAGAGUCAGGCUGAUGAGAACCUCAACGAGACAGUGGAAGAGCGAAUCAAUACCGAGCGACGAAGCAAAAACAAAAUGGACACUUUUUUUGCCCAAAUUGAUCCUAUAAACGAGUCGGAUGAUGAAGGGGUUGGUAGCCUACAAGAAUUUAACCAACUAAUGCCGGCCGAUGAGUCCGACAGUGAGACUUGUAGCAGGGCCUCAGAUCCAUCAAUCAUACGUGCUGUAAUGGCACGUAAGGAUCGGAAGAGAAAGAAAAAGCCUGAAUUUAUGACACCCGUAUCAACAUCGCGAAUUAAGAAAGCCAGAAAAACUGGGAGGGCCAAAGGAAAGUCAGUGGCUAACGUCAUAGAUCAGCAGGGGACCUUAUCUGAGGAUGAGACGAACACUAUUGAACAAUUUCUCGCGUCAUUCACCGUCUGGGACAAUGUAUGGCAGCAGGGCGUCGUGUUCGUCUCGUCUGAUGCGGUGCUAGAACUACUAUUCGACCAAACUGUGAAAGGCGAAGUGAUCGACGCGUACCUAUAUCAUUUAUGCAGCAGUGAAUACCAGCUCCAGCACAAUCUGCAGAAGGCCGUGAACCAUCGCUAUCACAACCAAGCAGGGAGAUCGCUGGAAUCAUGGACAAAAUCCGAUAUGGGUGCCGGUAUAUAUUUCUACCGGUACACACCCGGUUCCACUGGCAUCUCUGCAUAUUGGAUACCGUCAAUCACGUUGUACUGGAGUACACAAUUUUUAUCGUUGUACAUGAACGCUGCACAACUAUGGCCUAUGCUGAGCGACAUGCCCGAAUACAUUAAAUGUCGACAUCAGGGUGACACGCUGGACUCCGGACCUUUAGUCUGCAAGUUCGUAGAGUGUUAUGCGCGGGCGGGUCCGGAUGUCAAUCUCGUGGACGUCCUUGGCGAGGACUUCGGCGAUGUGAAUAGCUACUGGGGCACGAUUGCGGCGAGGAUAUUGAAAGGUCCUCCAUCUGAUUCGUAG